AGUUCCGUUUGCUCUGGAUUUUUGAAAGCUGGCACCGUGAGCACGUCUGUUAGGUCUGUAGUGCCUUCCCAUCCGACCGCGACUCAAAGUCCCUGCGUCGUUACGAGCAUGGAGCUGAACGAUGCUAACCUUCAAAUCCUCACUGAGUUCCUCAGGAAAACACUGGACCCAGACCCGAAUGUCAGACGUCCAGCUGAAAAGUUUCUUGAGUCUGUGGAGGGACAGCAGAAUUACCCAUUAUUACUACUAACGCUGCUGGAGAAGUCCCAGGACACUGUGAUCCGUGUCUGCGCUGCUGUUACAUUCAAGAACUACAUCAAAAGAAACUGGCGCAUUGUUGAAGAUGAACCAAACAAAAUCUCUGAUCCAGACCGAUCAGCGAUCAAAGCAAACAUUGUGAAUUUGAUGCUGAGCAGCCCUGAACAGAUUCAAAAACAGUUGAGUGAUGCCAUCAGUAUCAUAGGAAGGGAAGACUUUCCUCUAAAGUGGCCCGACCUUUUAACGGAGAUGGUGACCCGCUUCAGAAGUGGAGACUUCCACAUCAUCAAUGGAGUGCUUCGCACUGCACAUUCUCUUUUCAAGAGGUACCGCCAUGAGUUCAAAUCAAAUGAGCUUUGGACAGAGAUAAAAUUAGUACUGGACACAUUUGCUCUGCCUCUGACGGAACUGUUCAAGGCCACUAUUGAGUUAUGUCAAACUCAUGCUGCAGAUGUCAGUGCCUUGAAGGUCCUCUUCUCCUCCCUCACACUCAUCUCCAAGCUUUUUUACAGCCUUAACUUCCAAGACCUUCCAGAGUUUUUUGAAGACAACAUGGAAACCUGGAUGACCAAUUUCCAUGGCCUAUUAACGUUGGACAAUAAGCUUUUACAAACUGACGAUGAGCAGGAAGCAGGUCUUUUGGAGCACCUGAAGUCUCAGAUCUGCGACAAUGCUGCUCUUUAUGCUCAGAAGUAUGAUGAGGAAUUUCAGCCGUACCUUCCCCGCUUCGUCACAGCUAUCUGGAACCUUUUAGUCUCAACUGGCCAGGAAGUCAAAUAUGACCUGCUUGUUAGCAAUGCUAUCCAGUUCUUGGCUUCUGUCUGUGAAAGGCCACACUACAAACAUCUAUUUGAGGACCAGAAUAUCCUCACUAGCAUUUGUGAGAAGGUCAUUGUGCCUAACAUGGAAUUCAGAAGUGCAGAUGAAGAGGCCUUUGAAGAUAACUCUGAGGAAUAUAUUCGAAGAGACCUUGAAGGAUCUGAUAUCGACACUCGUCGCAGGGCAGCCUGUGACUUGGUGAGAGGCCUGUGUAAGUUCUUCGAGGGGCCAGUGACGGCAAUCUUCUCUGGUUAUGUUAACUCAAUGCUAGGAGAGUAUGCCAAGAACCCUGGCCAGAACUGGAAGCACAAAGAUGCUGCCAUUUAUUUAGUCACAUCACUGGCGUCUAAAGCCCAGACACAGAAGCAUGGAAUAACACAAGCCAAUGAGUUGGUGAAUCUGACUGAAUUCUUUGUGAAUCACAUCCUCUCAGACUUAAAGUCCCUCAAUGUUAAUGAGUUCCCAGUGCUGAAGGCAGAUGCUAUUAAGUAUGUUAUGAUCUUCAGAAGCCAGCUUCCGAAGGAGCAGCUGCUGCAGGCAGUUCCUCUACUGAUUGCUCACCUGCAGGCAGAGAGCACAGUCGAGCACACUUAUGCUGCCCAUGCUUUGGAGAGGCUGUUCACUAUGAGAGGCCCCAACAACACCACACUUAUCACUCCUGCAGAAAUGGCGCCUUUCACUGAACAGUUGCUCAACCAUUUGUUCAAAGCACUUGCUCUCCCCGGGUCUGCAGAAAAUGAAUACAUCAUGAAAGCCAUCAUGCGCAGCUUCUCUCUGCUGCAGGAGGCCAUUGUUCCCUAUAUCCCCACUCUGAUUGGUCAGCUUACUCAUAAACUCCUAUCAGUCAGCAAGAACCCCAGCAAGCCUCACUUUAACCACUACCUGUUUGAGUCUCUGUGCCUGUCUGUCCGCAUCACCUGCAAAGCCAACCCCACCACCGUCUCCAGCUUCGAGGAGGCUCUCUUCCCAGUUUUCACUGAAAUCCUUCAGAAUGAUGUCCAGGAGUUCCUUCCAUACGUGUUCCAGGUGAUGUCUCUCCUCUUGGAGAUGCACUCCAACUCCAUUCCCGCUUCCUACAUGGCUUUAUUCCCUCACCUGCUGCAGCCUGUGCUUUGGGAACGCACAGGAAACAUCCCACCUCUGGUGCGCCUGCUUCAGGCUUACCUGGAGAAAGGAGGUGCCUCUAUUGCCGGCUCUGCUGCUGAUAAAAUACCCGGCUUGCUUGGAGUUUUCCAAAAGCUUAUUGCCUCUAAGGCCAAUGACCACCAAGGUUUUUACCUCCUCAACAGCAUCAUAGAGCACAUGCCCCCAGAAUCGAUUAUUCGAUACAGGAAACAGAUCUUCAUUUUGCUCUUCCAGAGACUUCAAGGCUCCAAAACCACCAAGUUCAUCAAGAGUUUCUUGGUGUUCAUCAACUUGUAUUGUGUCAAAUAUGGAGCUAUUGCACUUCAGGAGAUUUUUGACAGCAUCCAGCCAAACAUGUUUGGAAUGGUGUUGGAGAAAGUAGUUGUUCCAGAGGUGCAGAAGGUUUCUGGAGCAGUUGAGAAGAAGAUUUGUGCUGUUGGCAUUACCAAAGUCCUCACAGAAUGUCCCGCCAUGAUGGACACGGAGUACACAAAGAUCUGGACGCCCCUGCUCCAAGCUCUCAUUGGUCUGUUUGAGUUACCAGAAGACGACAGCAUCCCCGACGACGAGCACUUCAUCGACAUCGAAGACACACCGGGAUACCAGACGGCGUUCUCGCAGCUGGCUUUCGCUGGGAAGAAGGAGCGCGACCCAAUUGGAGACGCUGUCGGAAAUCCUAAGAUCCUGCUGGCUCAGUCCCUCCACAAACUGUCUACUGCCUGUCCAGGAAGGGUUCCUUCUAUGCUGAGCACCAGUCUGAAUGCAGAAGCCCUCCAGUAUCUGCAGGGAUACCUGCAGGCAGCCUCUGUGCAGCUGGUUUGAAGCUGACGUGAUGGGUGUUCACAUGGUAGGAGCAGACCAUGAUACACUGGCAGGAGUAGCCACAGUGGCCCUGGGUCACAUGACACUUGACAGACCAGACCCGAGUCUUUACAGCUUUGGUUUGACUUGACAGUUAUUUGAUGGAUUUACCAGAGAUAUUCAUAAUUUUGCCUGAAUUGAAGGUGUGUGUGUGUGUUCUCUGACGAAAGUUAUUUUUUAAAGGGUUUUUAAAAAGGACAUGACCAAAAAUUGACAUAACUGAAGCACUGUGUGUGGGCACGUUGUUUGUUGUGGAGCAAAAGACAAACAAACGAAACAAAAAAAAUUGUCAGUUUAUUUAAUCAACAGCAGCAGCAGCAGCAAUGGAGGCAAAUUUAAACGGAACAUAUGGACAGGAGGGGAUGGGGAUCAAUCAUGAGAGGGAUUUCUUUUUUGUAUGUUUGACUUCCUUUUUAUGAAGACUGUAAUCUGGCUCAAAUUAACGCUUAAUAUGUUCUGUUGCAUGUUUCCUGUAGAUUAAUUUGUCUAGUCCUUGUUCCUGCACUGUUUGUUAAUGUGAAUAAAAAGACGCACUUGUA